AUGAGAAAGGGGAUCCAGCCCGCCCUGGAGCAGUACCUGGUGACCGCCGGGGGUGGGGAGGGGGCGGCUGUCGCCGCCGCCGCCGCCGCUGCAGCCUCCAUGGACAAAAGGGCACUGCUGGCCAGCCCCGGCUUCCCCGCCGCCGCCGCCGCCGCCUCGGGCGCGUACAUCCAGAUCCUCAGCACCAACACUUCCACCACCUCCUGCUCCUCCUCCCUCCAAAGCGGCCCCCUCCUCCCCAGUGCCCCCGGCGCGGAGCCGGGCGCCGGCAGCUUCCUCUACACCACGCCGCACGGACCCUCCGGCACGGCCGGGCUGCUGCGACAGCCUCCAGCGCCGGGACGCGGCGGCGGCGGCCCUCCGGCAAAGCGAAGGCUGGAGCUCGGAGAAAGCGGCCACCAGUACCUCUCCGAUGGUCUGAAAACCCCCAAGGGCAAGGGCAGAGCUGCGCUCCGAAGUCCGGACAGUCCCAAAACUCCAAAAUCUCCCUCAGAAAAAACGCGGUAUGACACGUCCCUUGGUCUGCUCACCAAGAAGUUCAUCCAGCUGCUGAGCCAGUCGCCCGACGGGGUCCUGGACCUGAACAAGGCGGCCGAGGUGCUGAAGGUGCAGAAGCGGAGGAUCUACGACAUCACCAACGUGCUGGAGGGCAUCCACCUCAUCAAGAAGAAGUCCAAGAACAACGUGCAGUGGAUGGGCUGCAGUCUGUCCGAGGAUGGGGGCAUGCUGGCCCAGUGCCAAGGCCUGUCCAAGGAAGUGACGGAGCUCAGCCAGGAGGAGAAGAAAUUAGACGAAUUGAUCCAAAGCUGCACCCUGGACCUCAGACUGUUAACCGAGGAUUCAGAGAAUCAAAGGUUAGCUUAUGUUACAUAUCAAGAUAUUCAAAAAAUUAGUGGCCUUAAAGACCAAACUGUUAUAGUCGUGAAAGCCCCUCCAGAAACAAGACUUGAAGUGCCUGACCCAGUAGAGAACCUACAAAUACGUUUGGCAAGUACCCAAGGACCCAUUGAGGUUUAUUUGUGUCCAGAAGAGACUGAAACACACAGUCCAAUGAAAACAAACACCCAAGACCACAAUGGGAAUAUCCCUAAACCCACUUCCAAAGACUUGGCUUCCACCAACUCAGGACAUAGCGACAGCUCGAUUUCCAUGGCGACCCUCUCUCCUCUGGCCUCCCCUGCCAACCUUCUGCAGCAGACCGACGACCAAAUCCCUUCCAGCCUGGAGGGGCCGUUUGUGAGCCUGCUGCCCCCGCUGCUCCAAGAAGACUACCUGCUGAGCCUGGCCGAGGGGGAGGGCAUCAGCGACCUCUUCGACGCCUACGACCUGGAGAAGCUGCCGCUGGUGGAAGACUUCAUGUGCAGCUGAUGCCGCCGGGCGCGCCGAACUCCCUCUCUCUCUAGAAACCAAUUAUUUUUUUAAAUCAUCGAACCAGAACAUCUGUCAUGCAGUGUUGUCCGCCUUCCGCCCUUCUUCCUCCAAGAUGGUAUCAUGAAGUCCACGACAAAAACUUCGGAGCAAAGCUGACCUUUUAAUGAAUUUUUUUUUUAAAAAAAAAAAAGUUAAAUGAGGUGGGGAGGGGAAGAAUUUUUUUUUUUUUUUGGUCUAAAACGCACAGUUUGCAGGCUCCCUUGGGAACGCCCUGCUUUGCCCCCUUCCCCUCCACCCCCCAGGCUCCAAAAACCCUCCCCGGACGAGUCAGCAAGUGAGAAAAUGUGCAAUCAGGUGUCCUCACCGCCUCUCUCCUCCCCCCCCCCCCCUCACCUCCCGGAUUGGCUUGCUGUGCCGGGCGGAUGGGCUGUGGGCUCCUUAAUAGCAUUUCAAGCCGUGCCUUCUCUGCAGAAUGCAUGUCUUCGGGCGGGGGGUCUGCUACGAGCGAACCGAACGACAGGAGCUGUACACUUGAAGUCAUGCAAAAAAAAAAAAAAACGAGGCAAAAAUAAUAAUCAUCCUAAUAAUAGUGAAAUGGAAUUCUUCCGCUCCUCUUAGGACUCCUUGGAUGUACUCUCAGAAUUCAGUGUAAGCUAACGGGGACCGUGGGGGCGCCCGCAGAGGUCACGGCCUCUCGGGGGUCCAGCGGCCGCUUUCCAGGGAUUUGGUUGCAGAUGCAGAAGGACACAGUGGCGAGCUCGGCCGCCGCUGUUCGUGGCUUGCGCAGUCUCCAACUCCCGCUCCCGUGACGCCGCCCGCGCGCGCGCCCUGCAGGAUUGCCGCUGGCUGGCGCGGCGCCAGGAGCUCUUCUUGGGCUGCUGUAGACUUUUUAUUAUUAUUAUUAUUAUUAUUAUUAUUUUUAAUUUCUCUCCUUUUUAGCUGCCGUUGAAGCAUUCCUGUGGUACCCAUCACCAUUUCAAGCCAAUUGUUUACUUCGAUGAGCUUUUUUGGGUUUUGUUUUUUUUGGUUUGGUUUUGGGUUAUUUUUUGUUUUGUUUUGUUUGGGUUUUUUUUUUUUGGUUUUUGUUUUUGUUUUUUUUUUUGCUUAUUCACAUUAUUUAAGCAGAAGGGAGGUGGGGGGGAAACAACCCUCUCCCAAUCCGAGCAUGUCAGCCCUGCACCCUCUUAAGGUCUUAAGGUCUGAACCGCCUCUGCCGCAGUAUUGCACCCCGUGAUUGCUUCCUUUCCCGGGGAGGGGUGCUCGGAGCUGGUGGGGUGGGUGAAUGGGGCUUGGGGGGGGUUGACUCUGGCACCCCUGGGGAUAGAAGACUCAGGGGCACUGACUCAGCAACCCCCAGGUGUGGACCCCACCCAGCCUGCGCCCCCCCUCCCCCCAAUUUAGACUUCCCAGAGGGGGGCCCCACCCCCACACCGGGGAAAGGGCUCUCUUAGACUCACUCAGGGAGACCACUUCUCAGGAUGGGGUCGGAGGAAGAGGCCUGGGGUGGGGGCGGGGAGAGAAAGGCCACCCAAGGGGCACUGACUCAGGCUGGUGAGAGCAGGGAGCUCCCCGUGAGGGGAUGGGGUGCAGGGGGGAGGAGUGCAGGUGCAGCCAACUUGGCCCCACCCACACCCCACACCCCUUCCCUCUAUAAUAAGUCAGCUGGACCAAGGCAAGUAGAGAAUGAAGCCGUGCCCAAGGUCCUGGGGGUCUGCAGGCUCCUGUUCAGGAAUGGGGUCCCCCAGCUGGAGGCUUGGCAUUGGGACACAUCCCACCCAGAGCGCAAAGAGCUUCCCCCCCCACCAGUGGGGGUGGAGGAGGGGGAGGUGGCCCCGUCAACCUCGUCUCCAGCCCUCAGAGAUGCCAGAGGCAAGGACUGAGGGCGACAGUGGGCAAGGAGUGGGGGAGCAUCUCGUACCCAAACAAACCUCAAAAAACAGCAGUUCCCUGCAGGUGCCCAGCCACAGGGCAUGGGUGGGAGUUGGGGGGGGGGGGGGCGCAAGGAAUCGUGGCCUUGCAGUCCUCCGUUAGGAAUUCAGAUGAACAACCAACCAACAACUGUUGUUUUUAAAAAUAAUGUUGAUGAUGAUGAUGAAGUGAAACCCACAGGCUCACACCCCAGCCAGAUCAAACCCCCCUCUUCCCAUCCCCACCUCCCUCCCCAACCCCUCUAGAUUCCCACAAUUAUGCAAAGUGGUGGUGGGGUGAAGAAAAAAAAAAAAGAACCAAGAGCGACACCAGCACUUUAAACCCUCUGUGUAGGUAUGCAUGGGUGUGUGUAUGGGAAGCGAAACACAAAGGUGCAAAUGGUCUUCCCUCUUCCUCACGGGGCUUCCACCCCCAGCCUUCCGCCCCCCUCGACACGCAACUGGACUUGGUACGAAAAUGACCCUGUGUGGCGUCCCGGCCGAAGCGGUGGGGGGGUGCGGGGGGGCGGGGAGCUUUGUGUCAAGUGCCUACUCGAAAUGCACUGUGGGGUCUUCUGCCCCGCCUCCCUCGUCUGGGGAACCACUUCUGCCAAGCUUGUCCCCAUUUUUCCCGUUAUUUAUCCCAUCGGGCGAAGUCGCCUGCGCGCCCAGUUGGUGUCCGUCUCUUCACCAGCUGCACAAAACCCAUUUCUUCCAAAGUCUCAAGACUGAGCUCGCCUUGGCGGGUUGUGUGUUCUGUUGUUAACUUCUCUCGUGGAAACUUUUCGUCAUGUCAUGCCAUAUUUAUUGUUUUUUGGUUUUGGUUUGGUUUUUGUUUUUUUUUAUUUUUUUGGAACGAAAGGAAUACUAAUAAGUCUAAAAAAAAGUUCCUUACUCCAUAAGGUUUCCUUCCUAGUUACUAGUUUGAACGGGUGCACAUUCGAGAGAUGUCCAGCCGGGUUGUGGUGGCAUUGGUCAUUGCUGUCCUCGAGCUAGUACCUGGCACACAAAGUGGAUUAAUACUACAGUAUUUGUGUUCCCUCCAUGUACUAAGUAUGCUGGUUUCCCCAUACCGUUGAGUUGCUGCUAUUCAAGGUCACACAUGAAAUGGCUGAAUUACAAGUGUGCGAAUUAAUGACUGCGUGAGCCUUAGAACUUAAAAUGUAUAAAGGGCAACCCAUGAACUGUCAAACAGUGUUAGAUGUGUGUUUAUAUGUACAGACUCGUGCGUAGUGAUUUUUUUUAUUUAAGUUGACACGUACUUAACGUUUUCAUUAUCUUAACGAUUUUGUACCAAAAAAAAAAAAACAGACAAACAACAAAAAAGCAAAAAAGAUAGGAAUUCAUUUGUAAACACUGCCAGAAUAUUUUCUAGCUGAUUUGUAAUUUUUAUUUUUAAAGAAUGUUGUUUUCAUUUUGUUUGGGAUUUUGUUUGUUGCUUUGUUGUCGUUCCUGUGUUCAUUUUUUGUUGUUGUCCGUGUAGAUCUGUAAAUAAAAUCGCAGUAUUUAAAGCUUUAGCUUUCAGGAAAAAGAAAGGAAGAACCUGAGUGCAUAGUCACGCGUGCAUCUAAGAGGAGCGGCUGAAAGGAAAAUGCCUUGUUCGGUUAGCUGGCUGGCAGUUAGCAGAUUGUGAGAAUUUCUUUUCCUCUGGGGUACACGGUUUUGUAAAAAGGAAGUAUUCCUCCCAAAACUGGGAGUAGGCAAAGUACUAAUCAGUUUAGCUUUGUGUUGUAUGCUAGUUUAAAAAAAGAAGAAAGAAAUAUGUAAUAUAAUGUAAAAAAAAAACAAAUAAAGCUUUUAUGAUGGAUUUUUGUAAAUAGAUUUGUUACAGGGUUACCUGUUCUCUAGCUGUGAUCUUACCACUUCAAAUGGGUGUAAUUUGAAUAAAUUUUGUAUGGUAAAGGAUCAAUAAAAUGAUUUUUUUUAAGA